AGUAAGAAAGCAUUGAAGAGCAAUCAACCCCACCAUGUCCCCUCAUCAAUGCAGCAGCCUCAUUUGCACAACGUUACAAGCAAACUAAUCCAUCAUAGUAAGCAUCUUGGUGUCUUCAACAUAGAAAGAUGGGAAAGAGCUGGCUCCUGGCUUUUAUCCUCUGGCAGAUAAUUUCAACAGAAGCGGCCAUCACUGUGGGUGGUGGUGUUGGCAUUAAUAUUGGAAAUGGUGGAGGCGUUGGUGGUGGAGGCGUUUGGAUUGGUGGAGGAAUCAACAGCCCAACUCCAUCUGGGCCUUCAGUGUCUAAGCUCAGCACUGCUUACACUGCUCUCCAAGCAUGGAAAUCUGCAAUCACCGAUGACCCAUUGGGGAUUUUGAAGACUUGGGUUGGCUCAGAUGUGUGUUCUUAUAAAGGGGUCUUCUGUGCAGAUCCUCAAGGUGCAAUGGAUUCAGCUUCUGGACAAUUUGUUGCAGGCAUAGAUCUCAACCAUGCAAAUCUGCAGGGAACUCUAGUCAGGGAACUCUCUGCUCUUACAGAUGUUUCAAUCCUCCACCUCAACAGCAACAGGUUUUCAGGAACAGUUCCCGACACUUUCAAAGACCUUUUAUCACUUCAAGAGUUAGACCUUAGUAACAACCAUUUCUCAGGUCCUUUCCCUACAGUUACUCUAUACAUUCCAAAUCUCGUUUAUUUGGACCUUAGGUUCAACAGCUUCGCAGGACCCGUCCCUGAAGAUCUAUUCAACAAGAGACUUGAUGCAAUCUUCCUUAACAACAACCAGUUUGAGGGAGAACUUCCGCAAAAUCUGGGUAAUUCUCCAGCUUCGGUGAUAAAUUUGGCUAAUAACAAAUUCAAUGGAAACAUCCCAGCUAGUUUUGGCUUCAUGAGUUCGAAAUUGAAGGAGAUUUUGCUUCUUAAUAACCAGUUAACGGGUUGCAUUCCAGAAGGAGUUGGGCUGUUCUCGGAGAUGCAAGUCUUUGAUGUGAGCCACAAUUCACUCAUGGGUCAUUUGCCUGACACGAUAUCUUGCCUGAAUGACAUUGAGGUUCUCAAUUUGGCUCACAAUAAGCUAUCUGGGGAACUGCCUGACGUGGUUUGUUCUCUAAGGAGCCUUAUGAAUUUAACUGUUGCCUACAAUUUCUUCUCUGGGUUUAGCCAGGAAUGUUCCAAGUUGUUCUUUAGGAAUGCGGGUUUUGACUUCUCACUUAAUUGCAUUCCUGGGAGAAACAUGCAGAGACCACAACCAGAGUGCUCUGUGAUCCCUGGAGGUGGGUUGAGUUGUCUGAGAAUUCCUUCUGCACAGCCUCUAGUUUGUGGGGGAUUGCUUGGGAACUUGGAGGUUAAUCUAACCUCAUCAUCCCCAUGAUAUCUCGUUAUGAAGGAAGUUACUGGCAUUGUAUAACAGGUUGGUGAUGGUUGCCCCAUUCAUUAAUAGCAAUUUACGAUUUAGAGCUUCCAAAUUCUUUGCU